ACCAAUCGCCGUUCUUAUUGUUUCGAGGAUUGAAGCUUUAGCCGUCAGUCGCUUGGGUUGUCGUCUGAGAGAGAGAGAAGAAUGGCGACUUCAGGGCAGUGGCUGGAGAAGGCGUUGGAUGAUCUCUGCAAGAAGAUGGAAACUGGUUGGGGUCUCGAUAAGGAUAUGAUUUCUGGCUUGGUUUCAUACUGUGAGCUCGCCCAGCCCCAAGACGCUAAAGAGUAUCUUGAUAACAUCAUAGGUCAGGAAGUUGGUAAAAGUGUGAUAAAUGAGUAUUUGCGGCUGCGAGGUCAUUCUGACCUCUGCAGCAAAACGUUGGAUGUUCCAACUUCAACCUUACAUACCUAUGUCAAACCACCCUCCCAUGAAGUUUCUUUUGGCGGAUCCAAGAAACCUGUUAAAACACCAAAAACCAUUUCUAUCUCCAGUAAAGAGAUAGAACCAAAGAAGGCUACUACCUCUAGUAACGUGGAAAGCCAGGUUUCAUCAGAUACUCGCAAUUCAUCAUCUGGCAAAGGGAAUCAAAGUUCUUCUAGAAAGAAGAAGGCUACCAAAGUUGUUUCUCUGGCUGAAGCUGCCAAAGGAUCAAUUGUGUUCCAGCAAGGAAAACCAUGUUCAUGCCAAGCUCGUCGUCAUAGAUUAGUGAGCAAUUGUCUAUCAUGUGGCAAGAUUGUAUGUGAACAAGAGGGAGAAGGCCCAUGCAGUUUUUGUGGAUCCCUUGUGCUGAGAGAAGGGAGCACGUAUGCUGGUAUGGAUGAAGGUUUUACCCCACUUUCAGAUGCUGAAGCAGCAGCUGAAGCUUAUGCAAAAAGGUUAGUUGAAUAUGACAGAAACUCUGCUGCAAGAACAUCUGUAAUCGAUGAUCAAAGUGAUUAUUACCAGAUUGAGGGCAAUAGCUGGUUGUCUAAUGAGGAAAAGGAGCUUUUGAAAAAGAAACAAGAGGAGAUUGAAGAGGCUGAACGAGCUAAACGAAACAAAGUGGUUGUAACCUUUGACUUGGUUGGCCGCAAGGUUCUUUUGAAUGAAGAUGAUUCUUCUGAACUUGAAUCACACACCAAUAUCAUGCGGCCAGCAGAUGAAAGAGAAGUGAAUAGAAUUAAACCAAAUCCAUCUCUUCAAAUACAUCCUGUCUUUUUAGAUCCAGGCCCCAGAGAGAAAUCCACCAAAGACAGAAACUCAAACAAAGCCGUUGGCAAAAAAGGCAUUUGUCUGGAAAUUACUGGAAGGGUGCAGCAUGAUAGCAAUGAAUUGAAGCAUCUUAUGAUGGAAAGUGUUUGAAACGUUAUUCAAUAGGAAAGCUUGGAAGGGGGCCUUUUAUGAAUCAUAGGCAGCAGCUAUUAGAAGACAAUUAUGAAUGUUCUUUGCUGGUUGAAGCGUAACUACUUAGCUAACUUCUAAGUCUCGUGUUCAAUUUUACUAGUAGCCUGAUCUCGGUGUAAAACUUUUCACAGCAGGAUAUCUCUUUUGUCCUUUACGCCUCAUAUACAUUGUGUUCUUUUACCCUUUCCUUUUUACCUCCGAGAGUUCCACAUUUUACAUCCCAGCCGACAGUUUUUUGUUAAUAAAUUAUGUAUUCCCAACAAUGUUUGAUGCUUCUGUUGAAAAAAGAAAACCUAUUGUAGGACUCUACACUUUUAAUUCAAGAAUUUGCCACUAUAAUGGCAUCGAAA